AUGCCCCUGUCUCAGAGCAGGGCUGGGCAGAUGCCAUGCAGCAGCAAGGUGUGCAGGAACCUCUUUGGCCCUGUGGACCACCACCAGCUCCAGAAUGACUUUGAGGACCUAUUGAGGCAACAGCUGGAAGAAGCUCAGCAGCGCUGGAACUUCGACUUUGAGACGGAGACUCCCUUGGAAGGACAUUUCAAGUGGGAGAGGGUCUUCCUGGCUGAGCAGCUACCCCAGGAAGUCCACAGUCUGGUCGAGGCCACUGGCAGUGAGAGCAGGAGCUCCUUGGUCCACAAGGUCCCCUCCAAGGAUCAUCUUGGCAGGAUUUGCCCCGACGGGUCCCAGCAGAGCUCAGAGAGUUACAGGGCUGGUUCCCCACAGAGCUUGAAACGUGGGCAAACCACCAUCAAAGACUACUACAGCUCCAAGAGGAGGAUCGUCCCUGACAAGCCCAAGCCUGACAAGCCCAAGCCGUGA